GUUGGUGGAUGCAUAACGCAUGCUAUCUGUUACCAGUGGGUUACAGCCCCAUUGAGCCCAGUCUCACCCCUGAUAAGACCUGGGUGGAGACAGUCCCAAAGCUACCACACCUGCAAAAUCAAACAGCAGGGAACCAGCUACAACCAAGUUCUGCCUUUAGCCUGUGUGACACUUUUUCACUUUGCAGCUGCUACUCUGAACGUAUGCCCUAAACUUUUGCAAAUUGACUGGCUUCAACUGUUCCCACUUCCUUGCUCACUUUUUUUCUGGAUGGACUCCUUUGAGAGACAAAAGGACACCCACCCUGAGCUGGAUGUGAGCUUUCCAUAAGACAGCAGGUUUCUCUUUUUCUCCCAGUCGUUGUCAUCUGAGCGUCCUGGUCGGUCAUCUUGAAUUUUGGACGCGCCGCCCGGUCUGACUUCUCUGCUGACCGGACCACCUGAGAUUAAGAGCCAGGUUCUUGACACAGCUCACCUGGAACAGGCUGUUGACAUGUCAGAGGAUGAAAACAACCAGGAGUUCGAGACAGAAGAACUGGAAGAGAAACAUGGUGGGGACAUUCCUGAGCCCAGGUUGGCUACCGAUGUGAAGGACCCUUCUACAUCUGCCACAUCUGCUUCUUACCCAAGGCCUCAUGUCAAGCAGUUCAUUGCGAGGAAAUUUUUCGUGACCAGGCCAGGAGCAUUGGACCAAGCCAUAGAAGACAUCAGCACCCGUGUCAUUGAGAAUGCAGGAGAAACCACGGACAGCUUUUGGCUUCUGACUGAGGUGGAUCACUGGAACAACGAGAAGGAGCGGAUCGUGGCAAUCACGGACUCUGCCCUCCUGGUCUGCAAAUAUGAUUUCAUCAUGCUCAGCUGCCUCCAGGUGCAGCGCAUCCCUCUCAGCCACGUCGACCGCGUCUGCAUCGGCCAGUUCACCUUCCCUGAGAGGUCUCUGAGCAAGAGAGAGGGAGAAGGCUUGCGAAUCCACUGGGAUAAUCUGAAAGAACCGUCUUUCCUGUCCCGCUGGAACCCAUGGUCCACAGAGAUCCCGUAUGUCACGUUCAUGGAGCAUCCCAUGAAGGGCAGCAGUCAGAGGUUCGCUGACAUCUGCCAGAUGUCCAUGUUCAGUGCUCAGCUGGUCCAGGUGAUUCAGAAAGCCCAGAGGAAGAAUCCGCCACCAGGCAACCCCACUGGAGUUAUGGUGCUCAACCAGUCCCUCUUGAUCGACACCUAUGUGGGGCUAAUGUCUUUCAUCGGCAACAGCAACAAGCUGGGUUAUGCCAUUGCCCGUGGGAGCUUUGGUUUUUGAACACCCUGCAUGGCGGGGGAGAGCUUUGUGGGUCCCUUUUGAUUUGCUCACUUUUUCCACUGGUCUUUUCAAGUCUGCAUAGGGCAUCCUUCCUUAAGGGCUAAGGUUAUGAAUCAUCCCUUCAUGAGGCAGGUAUCAAGAGGCACAUGCCCAUUUAACCCAACAUAGGUCCUAUUUUGAGGACGUAAAGAUUUGAGGACCUAAAGAUUGAGGACAUAGCAGGCUGGUCCUGACCCCAUGCUCAGGUUUUCCUGGGCUGCUUGGGUCCUGCUACAUUAGUUAUAACCUCUGUGCAGUGUGUGCUUUAGAAGUGGAUCAAAACAAGAAGCCAAGACCCAAAUGCUGCCAAAUCUGGUGGGGCACAGCUUUUGGAUAGGAAGUUAACUUUGACAGCUCUUGCCCAUCCACAGGGUUUUGUGAACCCUCUCACUCAAAGUAGCCUUCCACAUCCCUCUGGCUCAUUGCUAAUGGCAAUACAAAGAUAGGGCUCCUUAGAGCUGAGGGUACCUUAGUGCAAGGUAGACGUGGGUCCUAGCCAGCAAGGUAGACGUGGGUCCUAGCUAGCAAGGUAGACGUGGGUCUUAGCUAUCCAGGUAGACUUGGGUAAUAGCCAGCAAUGUAGCCAGCAUUCCCCACUUCCUCUA